AUGUCGGACUUUAAAGCGAAUGUUCAAGAGACCAAGAAUGGGUUCCACGUUGAAGGCUACGAGAAGAUUGAAUAUGACUUCACAUUUGUCGAUGGAGUCUUUGACAUCGCUAACCCGAACUUGGCAAACUGUUAUAAGGCUUGGGGCCGGGUUCUAGCGGUUACAGACAAGAAUGUCUUCGCCUUAUACGGCCCAAAGAUGGAGAAUUACUUCAAUCACUAUAAUCUCAAACUGAAGGUUCACCAAACUUCUAUCGGAGAGAAGGCGAAAACCAUCGAUACGUUUCUCGAAAUUGUUGACAGUAUGACUGAGUUUGGGAUCAUUCGAAAAGAGCCCGUCCUCAUCGUCGGUGGUGGACUCGUGACCGAUGUGGCCGGUUUUGCCUGUGCCGCUUAUCGGCGUAACACGAACUUCAUACGGAUUCCUACUACAGUAAUCGGAUUAAUCGAUGCAAGCGUUAGUAUCAAAGUGGCAGUCAAUUAUGGGCGAUACAAGAACCGUCUUGGCGCAUAUCACGCACCAAUACACACAUUUCUUGACUUCACUUUUCUACGAACGCUACCGAUAGCGCAGGUUCGAAACGGAUUUGCCGAAUUGAUCAAGAUAUCAUCUUGUUCUCAUCUCCAGGUGUUUGACCUUUUAGACAAGUUUUGCGAACAGCUGAUCGAGACAAAGUUCGGUCGAGCUGACGGGUCGAGAGCCGAGAUUCGAAAGGCCGCGGACAUCAUCAAUCGUGAGGGGAUUUAUGAAAUGCUCAAAUUGGAAUCACCUAAUCUUCAUGAGAUCGGCCUUGAUAGAGUAAUCGCAUAUGGCCACACAUGGUCGCCAACGCACGAACUUGUCCCAGAAACUCCACUACGCCAUGGCCACGCAAUUUCGAUCGACAUGGCUUACUCUGCUACGUUGGCAAAACAACGUGGGUUACUGUCGGAUAAAGAACAUAGCCGUUUAUUCAAGUUGUUCUCACGAGCUGGUCUCUCAAUCGACCACCCCCAAUUCGAUGACGAAGUGUUGGAAAAAGGUACUGUCGCGAUUUUAAAGACUCGUGACGGAUUGCUACGCCUUCCCGUGCCGAGCCCUCUUGGGACGUGCGUGUUUCUGAAUGAUGUGUCAACACAGGAGCUAAAAGAUGCCUUGAGAACCCACAAAGAGAUUAUGAGGGCAUACCCUCGAGAGGGUGCUGGUAUUGAGGCUUAUGUUGACAGCAGCGAUACUGGUUAUACAGAUCUCGAUGCGGAGAAUCUGAGUGUCGAGAUAGCUGCAAGGGAAGCUGGCGUAUUGCGAGACAACCAAGGCUUUGCCAAUGGCCUCGGUGGUGCUCAUAUGAUGAGCGAGUCAGUAAAUGGGCAUGUAAGCUUGCUUGGGGUUAACGUUGGCGAUUCAGCAGAUUUAUCGGAGGGACUUAUUAAUGGGCAAACGAACGGGAUAAGGGCUCAGGCGUAA